CGCAUGGCCACUCCCAGAGCCUUCGAGAUCCCCGAGAUUAUUUAUCUCAUUUUCGAACAGUUCACCGUGCCCCCGUUAUCGUGCAACCCUCGCUCGAAACGCAACAAGACACUGGCACGGUCGGCGAGGGUGUGCAAGGCUUUCGCAGAACCUGCGCUAGAUAUCCUUUGGCGGGAUCUCGUCUCCAUUCAGCCUCUGCUGCAGAUCCUACCCACCUACACGCGUAUCUGCUCCAGCGAACCGAUACCAACAAAGUUAAUUCCGGAUGAUGUAUGGGUCAUGGAUGGUGCCAUUCAUGUGACGGACUGGGAGCGCUUUAAGACAUACGCACAGCGUAUACGUUCCAUCAAACUCUCUCAGUAUGAUCGGAUUGCGGCGUCGGUGUAUACCGCUCUCUACCGCCACAAUGGAGAGCGUCUCAUACUUCCCUUGCUGCGGUUCUUUUCGUGGGAGCAAAUGUCUGAGACAUUUAACAAUACGUUGGAGUUUUUCAUGUCUCCAGAACUUCGUGGACUACACCUACGGCUCCAAAGGGACGCCUUGACGAACGAAUUUGAACGCCUGCUCAGCGGACUCCCUCCGCUGGCUCCAAAUGUUGCAGAAUUAUAUAUCAAGGGGGACAUUCAGCGCUGUCCGCCUUCUGUCGGGUCAUUCCCACGCAUGCGUCGGGUCGAAAUCAAUUUCUGCAGGCUCAACGCCGAAUCUUUGCACCCGCUGUCUCUGUUGGAGAACCUCACGGACAUCAACAUUGCUGAGGCAAGAGUACAAACGAUUUUGCCGCGCAUCGGCCAAUUCUCGAUGCUAACAUGCUUACAGCUGAGGUUCGAUGGGUUUUCGGGGACGUCACUUCUACGAGCAAUGACAUUGCCUCGUCUCAGGUCUCUUGUCCUCGAUUUCAUCCCCGAGGCUCCAUCACUUGACAGACUUCGUGAAAUCAUGACGGAUGUGGCGGAGGCUUGCACGAAGUAUCCUUCUCUUCGCUCCCUGAGCAUCCGCCGCAAGUCUUCCUUGUCUGGGAGGAGGGGGGAAUCUGUCCUCAAGAUCGUACAACCCCUUCUUGAAUUUUGCGAACUCGAAGAGGUCAACCUACAAUACGGUCGCACUCGGAUGGAUAUCGCGGACCAUAACAUGCGCGCAAUAGCUCGGGCGUGGCCACAUUUGACGUGUUUCUCGCUGUCUUGUCUCCCAAACCCUUCAGCACCUACCGUCGGGACACUCGUGGCCUUUUCCAAAUCUUGCCCAGACUUGAAGCAUCUGACGCUCCCCUUGAUGACACACAAGCAUGACAUUCAUGAAUUGCUCACGUCUCCGCCCGCACCGCACGGCCUCAGGAGCCUAAAGUUUUUGUGGGGGCCUCGGCUCUACCAGUCACCCCAAGCACUCGCGCAGUAUCUCCUCCGUAUGUUCCCAAAUAUCAUACUUCGUUACAACAAGCCGGUAUACGGAAGACUACUUGAUUGUCCAUCUACGAAAGAUGCAUCGCAUGAUCAAAAUUACCUCGUCGAUGGGAUGUAUUAGUCGCUGAGGUCAAUCGGGAGAAAUCCACUCGUCAACGGCGACGGCGUCUCCAAGAAUAGCAAGCCAAGAGCCGAUAGCUUGGUUGUAUUCAGUUGACAGAUGCUCAGGGCGAGCGAGGCUGCUAGUGCUAAUGUGACAACCUAGUAGUUCUGUACAAUAUUGUUGAUAAUAUUUCACGCUCAAUACGAAGCUCAUAUGUCCCGCG